GUUGUCUUAGUUAACCCCAGCGAGCGUAUUCACCGCCCUCUUCAGCACGAGAUUCGCACCGGCAGCCAAACAUCAUCCCCCUGGAGAAUUUAACCCUAUCAUUCGGCCACAACCUCCCUUCCGUCAUAGGGGGUCUACCGAAGACCGCCGCUUGUCCGCAUUAGCACCGACAACCUUUUUGGACCUGUGCAAUAAUAAUCUCAUCCCCACCACUGACCCACUGAACAUACCCCGCCAGUGCAUAUCAUGCCUGGCGCCGAGUCCAUGGACCCUUUCCCUCAACAUCCACCAUCGACGCAACAACAUACUCCCGGAUAUCAGCCUCAGGAUCGCAUCUCAGGACACAUGCAGGCGAACGGAGUUGCCGUACCUGGAGACGGCAACGGCAACGGGCCUUUGGCUGUCCCGGCAGCGCCACCGCAUACUCGCGUUGGCAACGGACACCUGCGCAAUCCUUCGGGGAUGGCGAGAAUGGGUGCUUUUGAUGGCCCAAGGAGUCCUCCAGGAACUAAAAACACGUCGCACGUUCCUUGCAAGUUCUUUCGUCAGGGCGCCUGCCAGGCCGGCAAAGCAUGCCCAUUCCUGCAUUCUAAUGAUGUCACCGCCGAUUCAGCUCCUUGCAAAUACUUCGCAAAGGGGAAUUGCAAAUUCGGUGCCAAAUGCGCCUUGGCUCAUAUCCUGCCAGACGGACGCAGAGUGAACCGACCAAGCUUAUCGGUUGGCGGAGCACAUUUGAAUCUUGGCGGUCGAGUUAACCCGCAGCUGUAUCAGAAUCAAGAGUCAGCCCUGGCCGGGUCACUUUUGGCGCAGCAAGCCAACAGAUCGUAUCCUUAUGGCUCACAGUAUCAGUUUUCUGGGAAGGACAAUUACAUUGGCCCUCAAAGUCCUCACGGCGUCGGUUUCGACAUUCCCACAAUCGACACCAGCUUCGCCUCACAGCAAGGUUCUGGAAUAGGAUCGCCGCGUGACGAUGUACGCAUGCCGCUAUCUCCAGCUGGUAAAGGCUUGAGCGCCCUCGAUGCGCCUCUUCCGGCGUCAUUUGAUAGCCAGGGCGUGUCAUGGAUGGCCAGGCAUGGCCCGGUUGCCGCAUCUGUGCCAUCUAAAUUUGGACUUGAGUCCCCGCCCUCGUCCUUGCCCAGCAGCAAAGUUGUGCCCACAUCGGACGCUCUCAAGAACCUUCACGAUUCAGCCUUUGGCGAGGAUACGCGCAACCGAUUCAACAGUGUAGCUUCAUCUCCACCUGUUGGCAAUGAUGAGUACUUUUCCGCCCGGACUCUACACUCCCAGCGGCAGGCCAAACCAAAGAUGGUCUCUGCCAGUCUGCCGCGCCCGGCUAUCAAUGAGGAUUGGGACGACAAUUUCGCCUUUGAGGAAGAUUUGGUACCCAACAGUCUACACGAGCUCUUGACGCCGCAGGAAAAGAUGCGCCGAUUCUCGCGCACUGCCGACGAGGACCUGCGACUCAAAUUUGGUGGGAUUGGUGGAGCAAUUGGCUCUCCUCCUGCUGAUUCGAGCUAUGUCGGCUCUCCAAUUACUUCGAGUCCCUCUCGCUUUAGUGCGCUAUUUUCGCGCCAGCAGCAGCAAAAGAAGGAAGAAGAGGCUGCUGGUUUUGCGUCAGGCUUUGGCCAUGUAGGCUCGCCUCUCCGCAACUCUGCCUUCAACAACGGACCCAGCCCCAGUCUCAACGCCGUCAGUCGCCCGCAGUCGGGCGACGUGUCCCCGUACGUGUCGAGUUCUCCGCGCCAAUCUUCCAUGUCGAUGAUCUCUCAACAACUUCAACGUACUCGCCUCGGCGGUUCAUCCGAGACUCCGCCGAUUGGAGGCUUCCAUUACCAGCGACACUCUUCGGGCAACCCGAGCAGCCGGCUGGACCGAGCGAUUUCAUCGUCUAGUAUUGGCACGAGUCGCAUUGACGAGGAGCAAGGCGACUUUGUCUUCUCCAUGGAAGAAGAAGAUGACAAUAAGAGAUAUAGUUCCGGCUUCGGUUUCGCCGUCGGAGACGGUCGUUCGUCGCAGUCGUCCGGCCUUGCAGCCACUGGCCAGCGAAACGGAAGCACAAGCACUCUUGUUGCUGUUAGUCCUGAAGACACUCCCCCUCACACUGCGCCAUCCCAUGACAGCGACGACGCUGGCGCAGUUUGAUCGCCCAAGUCUUCGAAUCGACUUCCUUUUGUCUCUCUUAAGUAUUGACAAGAAGCAUGGCGUGCACAGCAAAAAAUCCUUCAGCUUACACGACUUGAUGACAGCUUUUUUCCUCCCCUCAAUAAAAAAAAGUAUAUUUGGAUAAUUGCGAUCAAAGCAUGUGGCGUUCCUUGUCGUCUUUGACUUGCUGCUGAUGGGAACGUCGUUUUUUAUACUUUUGACCCUUUUUGCGUCACAACCACUCUACGCGUCCUACCAUUUAUAUUUUCCCUUCCCGUUGGGCCACCCUUCAGCGUGGUUGUAGGAACGAUUUAUAUGUAUCAAUCUACCCUUGCGUAUUGGCAUUGACAUUUUUGUGCUAUAUUUUUUUCUUUUAUUUUUUUUCCCCUUCUUCUUCUUUCCCCUGCAUCUUAUAUACGGCG